AUGGAGCAUGACUCACAUACCCCAUGGGAGUUCAAUGGCUCCUUCUAUCAACCCUCAGCUUUCCUCAUGAUGGGCAUCCCAGGCCUGGAAGCCCUUCACCACUGGAUCUCCAUCCCCUUCUGUGCACUCUACCUUACUGCUCUCUUGGGAAACUGCAUGAUCCUGUUCAUCAUCAGGAAGACCCAAAGUCUUCACGAGCCCAUGUACUAUUUCCUCUCCAUGCUGGCAGUCACAGACCUGGGCUUGGUGCUCUGUACGCUGCCUACUACUCUGGGCCUUUUCUGGUUCAACAUGAGAAGGAUUGGCUUCGAUGCUUGCCUCACCCAGAUGUACUUCAUCCACGUCCUGUCUUUCAUUGAGUCCUCUGUGCUGCUGGCAAUGGCCUUUGACCGCUUCAUUGCCAUCUCCCACCCCCUCAGGCACCCGUCCAUUCUGACCAAGGCUACUGUCCUCAAAAUAGGCCUGGCCAUAGUGCUGAGAGGGAUGGUGUCUCUCCUCCCCAUACCCUUCUUGCUCAAGAGGCUGAGCUAUUGUGGGAAGACAGAGCUUUCUCAUUCCUUCUGCUUCCACCCUGACAUCAUGAACCUGGCGUGUGCAGAUAUCAAAGUCAACGUCUUCUACGGCAUGAUCAUCCUCUUAUCGACAGUGGGGAUGGACUUCAUCUUCAUCGUGCUGUCCUACAUCCUCAUCAUCAGGACUGUGAUCAGCCUUGCAACCAAGGAGGAGUGUCUCAAGGCUCUGAACACCUGUGUCUCCCACAUCUGUGCCGUCCUGGUGUUCUUCAUCCCGAUGAUCGGGCUGUCUAUGAUCCAUCGUUUCGGAAAGAACGUUCCUCCUCUGGUCAACACUUUGGUGGCCUACACCUACCUGAUGAUUCCUCCUGCUCUCAACCCCAUUAUCUACAGCAUAAAGUCCAGCCACAUCCGUGAGGCUUUGCUCAAGGCUCUCUGCAGGAAGGGUGCAUCUGACUGGUAG